GGGUUUUUUUGAGAGGUUGUAUAUUUUGCAUUUUACAGUUACAAAUUGUGUUUCUGCGCUCUCGUGUUUCUGACCGUAACCUCACUCCAUAGGUUUAUUCGGACAACUUUCAACAUGACCAAGUCGUGUUGAUUUGAGACAAAAAUACGUAUUGUAAUACUGUCAUACCUUUUAGAAACAACUUGUCUGUAUUUGAUGCUAAACCAUUUUCACACCUGUUAACCAAUUUUGUAUUAAUUAAUUUCAUCUACUCAUUUGUCGGUGUAUCUAAACAAGUUUCAGCUGCGGUCAAAACGCACAGAAGUGUUUUGCUUUAUAAGUAAAACAGAACGCAGGUUGCCAAAUCCCGAAUUGAUACAUCUGCGUAAUCUAUUACCAUGAAGAAAGAAACAUCCAAAUUGUUGUGGAUUAAAUCUUCACUCCUCGCUCUAGCCUUCAUUUUUGGGCUUUCAGGUGUUGGAUUGGUCUGUGUUGGCGGGUCAGUGGCGCUGGAGUUCGUCGAUGUGGCUGUGGUGGUCCGAGAGGUUACUUCUCAUGCAGCUGUGGUACUUGCGAUUAUUGGGGGCAUUGUGUUCUUAAUGUCGGUCUUUGGCUGCAUUGCUGUCAUAGGGGAGAACAAUUCAAUGAUUAAAGGGCUCUUUCUUCAACAGUUUACAGUUAUCAUGUGCAUCACCUUCACUGUGGAGAUAGGGGUUGGACUAUUUGCCUACUUUCAUAGAGGAGUAGUCCACAGCAAUAUGGUGAAUUUGUAUUUGAAAACCCUCAGGAGAUAUUCCACGGAGCGUCGAAUAAAAAUAUCAGUGGACAGAUUGCAGAAGAAGUUUGAGUGUUGUGGUGCCAUGGAUUACACAGACUGGUUCAAUACCACGGUUGGAAAAGCAGUCCCAGACAGUUGCUGCAUUAAAGAGAAACCACAGUGUGGGUCCGUUGUCCAGAGCCAUGCCAAAGAUAACAUUCAUGUUCAGGGAUGUAUUAAAAAGAUGGACUCGUGGAUAUGGAAUCACAACUUUAUUAUUGGAGGCGUAGGGAUUGGUUUGGGUAUUGCACAGGUCAUCGCAAUGAUAUUUUCCUGUCUCUUACUGCGUAUUCUUCUAACAGACUAUGAAGAACUGUGAUCUUUUUCUUGGGUGUUCAGGUCUAUUUUGCAUUACAUUUGUCGCCCAGUAACAGUUAUUGAACAAAGUUCAGAUGUUUACACACCGAAAACAAAUACUGUGUUAUUUAACAGUAUAAUCGUGUAGUGUAAAUAAAACUUUUUGAAAGCUGAAAUUUGAUUUUUUUAUGGAUUUACACAGGUUUGUUGAUGCUGUACAUUCACCUGAUAUACUGUAUAAAUAAUGCUUAAACUAAGCUGUAAAUAAAUAUUAAGCUUGUUGAUUGCACUUUGUAUAUUA